CCCUUCACUGCCCCCGGGCAGCCCCCGAUGGCCCCCCAGCUCUACCCGCUGCCAGGGCAGGACAAGUUGCCCCCCCAGGGGCUGCCCCCCAACACGGGGACCCUGCCCUUCCCCAGGGCCCCUGCCCAGAGCGGUCCCCCCGCCCCCCAGCCCCUCCACCCCACCCUGGGGGGGCUGCAACCGCUGCCCCCCAGCUCCCCCUUCUGCCCCAGCAGCCCGAUGCCCCCCGGCACCGUGUCCCUGGGGCCCCCCCAGCCCCCCCCAGCCAGCCAGCCCGGCCCCCACCACCUCCCCCCGCCCCCCAGCCCUGCCCUCAGCCCAAUGCCGGGGGUCGCGGUGGUCCAGGGUCCCCUGGUCCCCUCGCCAGCCCCCUCCCCACAACCAGCGCUGCCCGCUUUGGUGCCGGGCUCCGGGACCGUUCCUCAGAGACCCCCCCCCGGGGAGGUGCCGUUCCAGAGGCCGAGCUCCUCCAGCGAGGACCUGCUGUCCUCCAGCCCCGAGAGCCAGCCGGGGGGCUCCAAGGCCGCCGUGGGGCAGCCCCUGCUGCAGCCCACCCGGGCAGACGCGGCCGAGGGGCAGAAGCCCCGGGCGGUGCAGCUGAUCGAGGAGGAUCCCUACGAGAAGCCGGAGCGUGUCCUGAGGCUGCUGGAAGAGCUGGAACGGUUCCGCGGGGCGGUGGAAAGGCUGGAGAGGGCGGGAGAGCUGGAAGGGGUGUGGAAGGAGCUGCAGGAGGCGCAGGAGCGGGACGCCCGGCAGCUCUCCAUCGCCAUCGCCCGCUGCUACUCCAUGAAGAACCGGCACCAGGACAUCAUGCCCUACGACAGGAACCGCGUGGUGCUGCGCUCGGGCAAGGAUGACUACAUCAACGCCAGCCGCGUGGAGGGGCUGUCCCCUUACUGCCCGCCCCUCAUCGCCACCCAGGCCCCGCUCCUCGGCACCGCCGCCGACUUCUGGCUGAUGGUGCAUGAGCAGAAGGUCUCGGUCAUCGUCAUGUUGGUGUCCGAGCAGGAGCUGGACAAGCAGAAGGUCCUGCGGUACUUCCCGGUGGAGCGGGGCCAGCCCGUGGUGCAUGGACCCAUCACUCUGGUCCUCACCAGCCUGAAGGUCACCCCCACCCACGUGGAGAGGAUGGUGACCCUCCAGUACCGUGACCAGAGCCUCAAGCGCACCGUCGUCCACCUCCAGUUCACCUCCUGGCCAGAGCUGGGUCUCCCGGACAGCCGGGCCAGUCUCCUCCGCUUCAUCCAGGAGGUCCAUGGUCACUACCUGCACCAGCGCCCGCUGCACACCCCGGUGGUGGUGCACUGCAGCUCCGGGGUGGGUCGCACCGGCGCCUUCUGCCUGUUGUACGCGGCGGUGCAGGAGCUGGAGGCCGGGAACGGGAUCCCCGAGCUGGGCGCGCUGGUGCGGAGGAUGCGGCAGCAACGCAAGCACAUGUUGCAGGAGAAGCUCCACCUCAAGUUCUGCUACGAGGCCGUGCUGCUCCACGCCGAGCAGGUGCUGCUGCGCCACGGGGUGGGGGUCCCCGCGCUCCCCAAGGCCCCCAACAGCACCUCCCCCAAGCUCUACUUCCACCAGGACCCGCAGGACCUGGUGCUGGGGGGGGACAUGCCCAUCAGCUCCAUCCAAGCCACCAUCGCCAAGCUCAGCAUCAAGCCGGGGGGCAGCGGGGGGGAGCCCGGGGGGGUCUCGCUGCCGGAUCCCGCCCCCCCACCCGCAGCCCCCACCCAGCCGGAGCCGCUGCCUUCAGCGAUUCCCGACGGGGCCGUGGAUGGUGUCGGGAUCCCCGAACCUUCCCCCCCGGGACCCUCCAUCCCAGAAGCACCGGCUGAACCCGAGAGCAACAACCACGUUGCGGAGCCCCCCGAGCCCCCCGGGGGGGAGCCCCCCGAGCCCCCCGCCGCGCCCCCCUCCUCGCUGGAGCUGCUGGCCUCGCUGCGCCCCGAAGCCUUCAGCCUGGACGCCUCCCUGCGGGGCAAGCAGCGCAUGAACAAGCAGAACUUCCUGCAGGCGCAGCCGGGGGAGGGGCUGCGCGGCCCCCGCCCCACCGACGACCCCCUCAGCAUGCUCGACCCCCUCUGGACACUCAACAAGACAUGAGGUGGGGCCGGGGGCAGGGACCCCCCCCCCUCCCCAUCCUCAAGACCCAGCACUACAGCCCUG